UUUUUGUCAGACCCACAGUGUUUCUGCGUUGAUUAGCCCCCCUUCGUUUCUCUCUUACGCAAAAGCAGCGGAAGGUUGUGAUUUGCUAGACUCGGCCCUCCCUCUUCGUGGGGUAACUUAUUACGAGUUUGCAGGCGGAGUCGUCUUCCCUGAGAGGUAAAUUGUGUGCUGUACAAUUGGUGGAGUCGGGUACGAAGCUGUCCUUUCCCUUUUCCUGUGAGGGACAGUCAACAGUUCAGACGAACCAGUCCGUUAAAUCUGCUAAAACGAAAAGGGGGGGAUAUUACCAGGAGUUAAUAUGUCGGGAAAUAAAGACAGCGACGGCGGAUGGAGGACGUUUGUGUGGAAUUCAGAAAAGAGGGAGUUUCUAGGACGAACAGGAUGUAGUUGGUUCAAAAUCAUCGUGUUCUACGUGAUAUUCUACCUGUGCUUGGCUGGAAUUUUCAUCGGGACCAUCCAGGCAAUGCUGCUGACAUUAAGUAAUUACAAACCCACCUACCAGGACAGAGUCGCCCCUCCAGGUCUUUCGCACACCCCACGCUCAGACAAAUCUGAAAUCGUUUUCACCAUGUCUGACGAGAAGACAUUUAACGACUACAUCACCAGCAUGAAGGACUUCCUGGAGAAGUAUGAUGAUGAGCGUCAGGUUGACCAGAUGAAAUUUGAAGACUGUGGAGACACUCCCCAGACAUACAAGGACCGUGGAAAUCUGGAAAGUGGCGAAGGACAGAGGAAAGCUUGCCGUUUCAGCAGGUCUUUGCUCAGUAGCUGCUCAGGGUUGAGCGAUUCCACUUUUGGCUUCAAGGAGGGAAAGCCGUGCAUCAUUGUCAAGCUCAACAGGAUUGUUAACUUCAGACCAAGGGCCCCCUCUGGCAACCAGUCACUUCCAGAGGGUCUGCAGGGCAAAGUACAGCCCAACCUGAUCCCCAUUCACUGCAAAAAUAAGAGAGAAGAAGAUGAAAACAAGAUUGGAGAGAUCAAGUACUUUGGCUUAGGCGGAGGCUUUCCCCUUCAGUACUAUCCUUACUACGGCAAACUUCUGCAACCCCAGUACCUGCAGCCCCUGGUGGCCAUUCAGUUUACCAACCUCACUUUGGAUCAGGAGGUGCGCAUUGAGUGCAAAGUAUAUGGAGAAAACAUCGACUACAGUGAGAAAGAUCGCUAUCAAGGACGUUUUGACGUUAAGCUGACAGUCAAGUCGUGACCUCAGCCAUCAUGAGCACUCUCAUUUUGAAACAAGUAAAAUGUAGAGAGAAUAAAAGAGUUCAGAUAAACACCACUAGUCUUUGAACAUUCAUAAUAUACAGGACCUACACUUAAUCUGUGUGCUUUACACUUGCUUUUCUGUGUGUUUGUCAAGGGUUAGAUUGUAAAAUACAAGAGUAGCAAUAGCAAAUAUUUAUUCUACUGUACAUGAAAAUAUUCCUUGAGCCAUGGGAUGUGUUCAUCUAUUACUGUAAAACUGCAAUUCCACUACUGACGUGUAGCGAGCUGUGUUUCUAUCCCCAAAGUAUUUCAUCCUAAUGUGGUUUCUAUAUUUUUUGGAGUGUCCAGUGCUGUAUUCUAGUCCUGUUGUAAUCCCUUCUGUCUUCUGUCAGCUUUAGUGGUCCAAGGUGUGUGCGCGUGAGCUCGUGUUUGUGUGCAGGUGUGUUAGUUUCUGUGAGUGUUUGGAGUGUGCGCUAAUGUGCUCUGACUAACUGAAUUACUAGCGUGGUACUCUGAACCUUUAAGGCCCAUGUUUGAGUAAAUGACUGCACUCCAUGGAAUCGGUUUUUUGUGUUUCUUUUUUUGUGUUCCCAGUUGUGGAAGGAUACAUUUGUACACCUUUUCUUUGUUGUUCACCUUUAGCUGUAGGAUAUAAUUUGAUGACAUUUCUGUUUGAUACUCUUACAUCUGUUCAUUCUUAAUUCAUAGCAUAGAGCUUUGUGGGUCCAGCAUAGAAGACUGUCACCUCCAUGGAAACAGUGGCAACUCAGUGCUUUGAAAUCUGAUUUGCUGGAGACAUCACAUGAUGUGAUGCAACUUACUAUUGAAUGUUUUAGCCAUUUUCGUGGUGGAAGAAUUUUAUAUUUAUGCAGUUGUACAUUUUUUUCAAAGUUUAAUGUAUGAAUCCAAUACCAAAGUCGCUGGUCAAAAAGCUAGAGAAUAUCAGAGGCAAUGCAGUGUCCCGUGUAAUAAGAUGUUUAGUUGGUGUGAAAAUACUUAAUUCAAUGUUGAAGAUCAAAACACUUGUCAGGAGUCUGCUCUUGUCACUUUAUUUAAUCUGCAUAAGGCUGAAACAAUAAACAGAAACAUGAGACAA